AUGCAGUUUUUGGACAGCCCCGUUGACAAACUUGAUGACUGGUUCCGUCGCUUCUUCGUGGUGGUAGUCCCGGAGAAUCUCCCCUUCCCCAAUGUGUGGCGAAAGAAGGAAGACAAAUUUCCUUCUCAUACUUUUCCUCCGCGUGACUCGGAGCUUGAUGGGAUCUACCGUCUCCUUCUCAAGAAUGGCUAUCUGGUUCCCCGAGCGCUUCUCUUCAAGGAUUCAAACCUCCGGGGUCUUGGAUACUGGGUGUCUCCCGAUACUCCUCUUCAAGAGCCGUCGGGAAACACAACUUCCUCUUGGGUUCCUCCUUUCAGGAGCACUCGACUCCGCCGGCGAUCAUCUCGAAGGGAUCCUUCCCCAGAGGUGGACACCGAGGGCGAAGAAUCAGGGUCCGCGGCUGGGGCCCUAUCUUUGGCGCUUGUCGACCAACCUCCCCUUUCGGAAGAGGUGGUGGUUGAGGACGUCUCCGAAGAUGAUGGCCUUUAUGACUUCCCUCAGGGGACCCUGAGGGUGUCCGGCCUUAUCCCCGGCGUUCCUCACACUCCUCUCUUUGGCAGGGGAACUUCUUCUUCGGCUCAGCCUAUGGGUCCACUAGGUUUCCACCCCCAAAUCAGUGGGCCCCUUCCGACAGGGCGCGCCACUGGUUCGCAAGGGUCCCUUGAGCCGCCUCACGUUCAGGUGGUCGGGAUUGGGAUUCCGUGCAGCACGGAAUCUCCUUGGGAAUAUUCCCCCUCCUCUGGCUGUGGGGGGGACGAAGCAAUUUCCCAGCCCCAAACGUCCAAUAUCCUUAAUUUUGCAAAUUCUGCGGCGGAGAAUAUUUUUGGGACUCCCUUUGGUCAUGGCGACGUUCGUCUCCCCGGAACAAAUAUCCAUCAAUCUUUUUUGGAGACGGAGGAGUUGAUUCGGUCCUCCAGUUUUGGGAAGGCCACUGUCCCCUUCUCCAUCCGUCCCACUGCCAUCCCCGGUCCAUCAAUUCAGGAGACUGGGUCCUCCUCUUCUUCUCAGGUCCGCCACAAGAGGGGCCGGAACUCCACCCCUCUCCCCGGUUCUCUGGUGUCCGCCGGUCCUCCCAUGGGGACCGCCGAUGAUGGGUUUCUCAUUGGGCAAGGGGGUCAACCCUUUCCCUAUGCCCGGGAGGCCUAUCAAUUCACAGGAUACACGUCCUGGGUAGGACGGGACUUCAACA